AUGUUUAAUCUUCAAAGCCCUUUGUGGCUGGUCGUUUGGGCUUCCACGGCCCGGCUCGCAAGCGCAAUUGCAGAUGAUCGACCUAACAUGACUGUCGUUCCUCGAGCCACCGCUGUUGUCAACGCAGUUAUCCCGACUACCACAGGGCAGAUCGGUGUUACUCCUGUAGAAGAUGAUAUUGGUGAUCCAGAUAUUUAUCGCGGUACCAUACAGCAUCUUACUGCAUCGCAGAGUAGUCUUAUAACGACUCAAUCAGGAACAACAAGGUGGCUUGCAAAACAUAUAGACUUUCUCACUGAAACAACCAGCCAGGGUACAACCAAGACUGUUCAACUAUCCGUGGCGACGGCCGCCGCGGCCGUUGGUAGUGUGGCUGUCGGUGACGUUACUGUUGUGCUGGCUGAGGGUCUGGCAGGCAAGCUUGCCCAGGCCGCAGAUGCUGCUGUUAAAGCUUGCAACGCGCUUGGUGCCAAACGUGAUUCUAUUGCUCCAGAUGACGUUCUGUCCUGUCUCCUUAAUAAGGGAACCGAUGCAUACGCAGACAACGGCGUCUUUUCUAUUGUCAAUGCUGCCGAAUGGAAUUCCAUUAUAGUCGAUGCUGCUCCGAAAGCCGUUCCGCUGGUGAAAGGAGCAUUCCAGGUAGCGAAGACCCAGGCUCGAAAAGCAAUGUUAGCACUCUUCAUGUCUGCUGUAUCGAUCAACCUAUCGCAAGCAGCGGGUGCUGCGGUCGUCGUCGGUGCUAUCGUCUUACCCAAAGUUGGCUUCGGAACUCCAACGGAAACCAAGGAUGACAAUAAGUGUCCUGCUGCUUUGAAGACGAAGAAUAGCGAAUCGCCGAUAUGCACCGAUUUGGAUUGUCUCGGAGACAAAACUACAGAACUUUGCACAGUUGGUGGUAAUAAGGGCUGUCCCUGUCUCCUCGAGGCAAAGAACAUCAUUGCAUCGAUUGACACCGCGUUUUUGAACUUCCAAGGCCCCUAUCUUAAGUCAAUCGCUGCCAUGCCAGACCCGAGUCCCCCUAAGACCAUCCAGACAGCGGAUCCAAUCACGGUUAACGCCCCAAAGCCAACCCCUACUUGUGGUAGCAACGGAAAGGCAACCCCGUCUGUGACCUUCGAUGUGAAGAUCCCUAACGGAAAGGAUGGCAUUCUUGUCAACCUCCCUAUCGCUAACCAGCCCGGCUCUUGGUCGGUUUCGUUUGACAAGACCGACUCGAUUGCUUUCUACCAGAUUGAUGCCGGGGCAACUAAAUUCGUCCCUAUUACCAACGGAAAAGGGGCUCCACCGAACAACAAAAUCGAGUGGACGGUUCCCGAUGGAAAGCCUACCGUGAACACGAAGCUCAGCCUGAACUUCAACAAGGGCAACAUCGCUAUCAAGGGUACAAUAACAGGCCAACAGAAAUGCACGCCGCCACCUACGACUACUCCUAGCACUGGAACUCCCAACUCCAGCCAAUGCAUCAAUGACUGUGGAACCAUCGUAUCACAGCUGAUGGCCAGCUAUGGAGACACAAUCGACGUGACGAACGAUAAAGACAGAAGCAAGUUCGUCGACUUUGCCACUGGCCGAAACAACCCGCUUGACAACGAUUGGUGGCGCAUUUCGUCUCACGGAAACUGUUUCUUGAUGAUUGGGAAGGAUGCCAGCCAUCGUGGAUUCUCAGACUUCCCGCCGGCAGUCAAACGACAAGAUCUCAUCAACUUCAUCAACCAGCGUAAACUUUUCGCGUGUAUCAACGCUCACCCUAUGCUAGUCGCCACUCCACCGACUUUCUUCAGCAACACGAUUGGCAGCAGCCAAAUCUGCCUCACAGAUUUUGCCAAUUACCAGAAAUGUACUGGACAUGUUGCGCCUCCGUCUUAG